AUGAUCUAUAACUUGGGUAUUGCCUAUCUGGGAGGGGCGUGCAGCUCCAAGAGGAAGUGUGUUCUGGCCGAGGACAACGGACUCAACCUGGCCUUCACCAUAGCCCAUGAGCUGGGACACAACAUGGGGAUGAGCCAUGAUGACGACCAUGCUACCUGUACAGGCCACUCCCACAUCAUGUCUGGCGAAUGGGUGAAGGGCCGUAACCCCAGCGACCUAUCAUGGUCCCCCUGCAGCCGUGACGACCUGGAGAAGUUCCUCAAGUCCAAAGCCAGCAGCUGUCUGCUCCACACAGACCCCAGAAGCCGCUACAAGGUCCGCCUGCCACCCAAGCUGCCAGGCAUGCACUACAGUGCAGACGAACAGUGUCAGAUCCUCUUUGGAACCAACGCCACCUUCUGCAAUGACAUGGAGUCCAUCAUUCAUCACAAGGCAGCCUAUAACUGCAGAGCUUCUGACCACUGUUUCCACUACCGGCCCAGCCAGAGCCUGGUAAGAGGGUUUAAUGGCAGCUUUCACAUCCUGCCAAGACGCAUGUCCGUCGUCUAG